AUGAGCACCCAACAAGUUUUGGACUUGACAUCGGCGCCUCCGUCUGGCAAGAAGGCUGUCUUGCUGUUUUGGGCUCCGUGGCAUGAAGCUUCCGUGGAAGACGGUACAAUGGGGCAGGUCCUGAAGGCAUUGGCGAGCAGUUCUGCCUCGGAUUCCAGUAUUAUUUUUGGCCGCGUGGAAGCCGAGCAAGUCCAAGAAUUGACUGAUAAGUACGGUGUGACGGCAGUUCCAACGUUUGUCCUGCUGGAUGCUGGUGGUGGCGUGAUGGCGCGGCUAGAAGGAGAUGAAGAUGUCGCCGGUGUCACACAGGCGGUCCAGAAUUUGAUUCAAGCGGCUGCUCCUACGACGAGUGCCGUCGAGACGAGCAAACCAGGCCCUACGCCCGAGGAACGAUUGACGCAGAGACUGGACAAACUGAUUCGAUCUUCCGGCGUCAUGGUCUUUAUGAAGGGAGAACCAAAAGCACCACGAUGUGGAUUUUCGCGGCAAAUCGUAGGACUGCUGGAAGAAGAAAAGAUACCCUUUGGUAGCUUUGAUAUUUUAUCGGAUGAAGACGUACGACAAGGACUCAAGAAACAUUCCAAUUGGCCUACAUAUCCUCAACUAUACGUCAAUGGAGAUCUUGUCGGAGGCCUGGAUAUUGUCAAGGAAAUGAAAGAAGACGGAGCUCUCCGAGAACAAUUGGGCAUUAGCGAACAUGACAUUGCAACAACAUCUCUCGACGAACGACUUGGCCAAUUGGUUCGACGUCACAAAAUCAUGCUCUUUAUGAAGGGUCUCCCAUCGGCUCCUCGCUGUGGAUUUUCACGACAAAUUGUGGAGCUACUGAACGACAUGGGUGUCAGCUACGACACGUUCAACAUUUUGGAAGACGAAGAGGUUCGACAAGGUCUCAAAAAGUAUUCGGAUUGGCCAACGUACCCACAGCUAUACGUCAAUGGAGAUUUGGUGGGAGGUUUGGAUAUUGUCAAAGAGUUGGUCGAAUCGGGUGAAAUGGAUUCCAUGUUGGAUGGGUAG